AAUGUUUUGCUUUCUGAAUGAAUAAUUGAUCAUAAGACGGAUGCAUGAUCCAGUUUCAUGAAAGAUAAUACAACUUUAUAGUAUUUAAAUUUUCAUCAUAAAAAUGAAAUGUUGAUAUAUGUUUUAUUUCUCCUUUGGAUUACACAGGUUAACUGCAGACAGGCGGAUUAUUGGAGUGAUGAUUAUACAGGAGAUAGUAACUGCUUUAAAGAAGAUCUGAUUGUAAAUAUAAGCUCUGGCGAAGAAAAACAUGGAGGAUGCGUUUCCGUAUCUGGAGAUCUUAGUGAAUCUCAGAUAUUUGAUGAGUGCAAAAGAAAACUAGCGACAGAAUUAGGAAAAAGAUGUGUAGUCACAAGAAAGGCAGGAGAACUGGUGUACUGUAAGAAGGAAAAGAUAGCAACCUGCUGCUUCUAUAAACAUGAAUGCUAUGAAUAUUACGAGCAAAUGAUAAACAUGUCUGUCAACUAUUUGAAAAAUCAGACAGCCUGGCUCGACAAAGAAAAAGAUAAAGGAUAUGCUUCGUGCCAUAGCUUGAAUACAAGUGAUGAUGCAAGAAUUUGCCAAUCUGAUUGCAAGAAUUAUGAAUCCUCUAGUUUUGCCCAGGAAUGCAGUAAGAUGGGAGGUUUCUUCAAAUGUUGUGUUAGACGGGGUAUUGUAGAAUGUCAUGAGUGUAGAUUUUGCUGUACUUUGCUCAUGUGUACUGUUAAAACAGGAGACCAAGCACAGAUACUAGACAGUAGAAACUACCCUGUCAUCACAGAUACUGGACACUGCCCUGUCAAAGACAGAUACUAUACUCAACCCUGUCAAACACAGAUACUUAUAGACACUACCCAGGCAAAUACAGAUACUUAUAGACACUACCCUGGCAAACACAGACACAUGUAG